CACUGAACCUAUAAAAGACAAGAAAAUCCCCCUAAUCAUCCUCAUUGAUUAGCUUACAGUUGGACUUACUUAAGAGAUCAAGAUGAAACUGUUUACAUUACUUAUUAUUUUACCCGCCCUGGCCAUGGCAGUCCCCGAGAAAAGAUUUAUAGAAACUAUCACAUCGUUGAUAGAUACACCCACAUUGAAACUUCAUCUCCAGCAACUUAUCGAUAUCAUUGGUAGUGAUGCCACAGAAGGUGCUUGUGAAAAAGCUGCACAUACUGUUUUUUCUGGUCUAUUGGACCAUUCUGUACCUCUUAUAUGCCAUUCAUUACAGGAGCUUGUUCAUCAUUUCCAAAUAGUGCCAUCAACCAGCUCAGUCAAACGUCUCGCAGUUGUACCUGAGAAAAGAUAUCUCUUAGAUCAUUUGACAUCGUCGAUAGAUAUAUCCACAUUGAAAGCCUAUCUGCAGCAACUUCUCGAUAUCAUUGGUAGUGAUGCCACAGAAGGUGCUUGUGAAAAAGCUGCACAUACUAUCUUCUCUGGUCUAUUGGACCAUUCUGUACCACUUAUAUGCCAUUCAUUACAGGAGCUUAUUCACCAUUUCCAUAUAGUGCCAUCAACCAGCUCAGUCAAACGUCUCGCAGUUGUACCCGAGAAAAGAUUUCUCAUAGAUCAGUUGACCCAGUUGAUAGAUACUACCACAUUGAAAGACCAUCUGCAGCAACUUCUCGAUAUCAUUGGUAGUGAUGCCACAGAAGGUGCUUGUGAAAAAGCUGCACAUGCUAUCUUCUCUGGUCUAUUGGACCAUUCUGUACCACUUAUAUGCCAUUCAUUCCAGGAGCUUGUUCACCAUUUCCAAAUAGUGCCAUCAACCAGCUCAGUCAAACGUCUCGCAGUUGUACCUGAGAAAAGAUAUCUCUUAGAUCAAUUAACAUCGUUGAUAGAUACACCCACAUUGAAAAUUCAUCUCCAGCAACUUCUCGAUAUCAUUGGUAGUGAUGCCACAGAAGGUGCUUGUGAAAAAGCUGCACAUGCUGUCUUCUCUGGUCUUUUGGACCAUUCUGUACCUCUUAUAUGUCAUGGAUUCCAGGAGCUUAUUCACCAUUUCCAAAUAGUGCCGUCAACCAGCUCAGUCAAACGUCUCGCAAUUGUACCUGAGAAAAGAUAUCUCUUAGAUCAAAUAACAACGUUGAUAGAUACUCCAACGCUCAAAACACAUCUGCAGCAACUUCUCGAUAUCAUAGGUAGUGAUGCCACAGAAGGUGCUUGUGAAAAAGCUGCACAUGCUGUCUUCUCUGGUCUAUUGGACCACUCUGUACCUCUUAUAUGUCAUGGAUUCCAGGAGCUUGUUCAUCAUUUCCAAAUAGUGCCAUCAACCAGCUCAGUCAAACGUCUCGCAGUUGUACCUGAGAAAAGAUAUCUCUUAGAUCAAAUAACAACGUUGAUAGAUACUCCAACGCUCAAAACACAUCUGCAGCAACUUCUCGAUAUCAUAGGAAGUGAUGCCACAGAAGGUGCUUGUGAAAAAGCUGCACAUGCUGUCUUCUCUGGUCUAUUGGAUCACUCUGUACCUCUUAUAUGUCAUGGAUUCCAGGAGCUUGUUCACCAUUUCCAAAUAGUACCGUCAACCAGCUCAGUCAAACGUCUCGCAGUUGUACCUGAGAAAAGAUAUCUCUUAGAUCAAAUAACACCGUUGAUAGAUACACCCACAUUGAAACUUCAUCUGCAGCAACUUCUCGAUAUCAUCGGUAGUGAUGCCACAGAAGGUGCUUGUGAAAAACAUGCACAUGCUGUCUUCUCUGGUAUAUUAGACCAUUCUGUACCUCUUAUAUGUCAUGGAUUCCAGGAGCUUGUUCACCACUUCCAAAUAGUGCAAGUAACAACAACAACAACAACAGCAACCAGAUAGAUUAAACGUCUUAUAUAUGAUACAUUCGUCACAUGUACAGAACACAAUAAAGAAAUGUGUCCCUGAUUA